AUAUAUAUUCCAUUAUUCCUCAAACCUAAGCAAGAGUUAAGAUACCAUUUUCUCUUCCUUUCUCUCCAUAGUCCACAAAAACAAAAUGGUUCUAAUUGAUAGCAAUGCUGAUAAAGAUGCUGCAAAUAAUGGAGAAGUAGUUGAUUUUCGAGGAAAUCCAGUUGAUAAAACAAGAACUGGUGGAUGGUUUGCUGCAGGACGCAUUUUAGGGAGCGAGCUAUCUGAAAGGAUUGUUGUGAUGGGAAUUUCCGUGAACUUGGUGACAUAUUUGGUUGGAGAUUUGCAUCUUUCAUCUUCGAAAUCUGCAAAUUGUGUCAGCAACUUUAUGGGCUCUCUCAAUCUUCUUGGCCUUCUUGGCGGGUUCUUGGCAGAUGCUAAACUUGGCCGCUACUUGACGGUUGCUAUAUCUGCUUCUAUUUGUGCCUUGGGAGUGACAUUUUUGACACUGACCACAUCACUCCAUAGCAUGAGACCCCCACCCUGCAGUGACCCCAGAAAACAGCAAUGUAUAGAGGCAAGCAGUGGGCAACUAGCAAUGCUUUACAUAUCUCUCUAUACUAUAGCACUGGGUGGUGGAGGAAUCAAAUCAAAUGUUUCAGGUUUUGGGUCUGAUCAGUUUGAUAAUUCAGAUCCAAAAGAGGAGAAGGCCAUGGUCUACUUCUUCAACAGAUUCUACUUCUGUAUUAGCAUGGGAUCAUUGUUCGCUGUAACAGUUCUGGUUUACAUCCAAGAUAAUGUAGGCAGAGGAUGGGGAUAUGGUAUAUCAGCUGGUACAAUGAUCAUUGCACUCACAGUUUUGCUCUCUGGUACACCAUUGUAUCGGUACAAGAAGCCGCAGGGAAGUCCAUUGACUAUUGUAUAUAGGGUGAUUUUCUUGGCCUUGAAAAAGAGGAGCCUCCCUCUUCCUUCUAAACCAAACAUGUUGAAUGGAUUUUACAAUUCAAAAGUUCCACAUACAGAAAAGUUCAGGUGGGUUGAGAAGGCUGCAAUUCUUGAUGACUUUGCAAUUGCCAAUGACAACCAGAAUAACCCUUGGAUAGUUUCAACAGUGUCUGAGGUUGAAGAAGUGAAAAUGGUACUAAAGCUCAUCCCUAUUUGGUGUACGUGUAUACUUUUCUGGACAGUGUACUCUCAGAUGAAUACUUUUAGCGUUGAGCAAGGUACCUUUAUGAACCGAAAAAUUGGUACCUUUGAAGUGCCUUCAGGAUCCAUGCCUUUCUUUCUCUUCAGCAGCAUUCUUCUAUUUACUUCCCUAAAUGAGAGGGUCUUCGUUCCCCUAGCGAGAAAAAUCACUGGCCAAACUCAAGGAAUCGCAAGCCUUCAGCGCGUUGGAGCUGGACUCAUAUUCUCAGUUGUUGGCAUGGUAGUUUCAGGAAUCGUAGAAAAGCAACGAAGGGAAAGUUUCGUUGUACACAACAAGAUAAUCAGUGCAUUCUGGCUUGUCCCUCAGUUUUUCCUUGUUGGUGCUGGAGAAGCUUUUGCCUAUGUAGGUCAGCUUGAGUUCUUCAUCAGGGAGGCACCAGAAAGGAUGAAAUCCAUGAGCACAGGUCUAUUUCUUGCCACCCUUUCAAUGGGCUACUUUGUUAGCAGCUUGCUUGUGUCCAUAGUAAACACGGUAAAUGGAAGUUGGCUUAGGAGCAACCUCAACAGAGCUAAGUUGGAGAACUUCUACUGGAUGCUAGCAGUGAUGGGGAUGAUAAAUUUCCUAGUUUUCCUUAUUGUUGCCAGGAGACACCAAUACAAGAUUCAACACUAUAAUAGUUCUAAUGGACAACUGGUGGAGCUACCAUGUUGGAAGGAUGAUAAAUUGGACUUGAAGGAGAUCAAAUUUGAUAUAGAAGCUAAGGAGGUAGCGGGAUAGUCCUGCAGUCCUGAAGAAGUUGUUCAGUAUUCUUUCUAGCGCCAAAAGUCUUAGCAGAUUAUUCUUUUUGUCCCAGUAAAAGAUUAAGAUUUGGAAGCCUUCAAGUCUGGAUUAGUGCAGUGAGGAUUGCAAAAUGCACUUUCAUCAAAGAAAAUAUGAUUUUAGCUUGCUUGUGUUAUAAUUAUCAUUUUUAUUCAAAGCUUUCUACCUGAUCUUUUCUUGGGAUUUGCAUUCCAGGCAGUGUCACUAGCCAACAUCAUGUAUAAGAAUGCAAUCUAAUGACUAAAUGCAUGUGAUGUCCAGGCACAGGUAAAAAUUUGCAGAA